AUGGAAUACCUGUCCAGAUUUCUGAAGAAGAUGGGCAAUCUACUAGAUUUUAGGUUCCAUCCUAUGUGCAAAAAUCAGCAACGAACACAUUUGACAUUUAAAGAUGACUUGAUGAUAUUUUCCAAAGCAACUGAAACAUCUAUAAAGAAAGUUAUGGAAGUCUUACAACACUUCUCAUCAACAACGGGAUUAGUAGCAAAUAAUGACAAGUCCAACAUAUUUAUUGUAGGUGUAGGUGAUGAUAUGAAGGAAAAACUAUUGAGAAUGACUGGCUUUACAUCAGGUACAUUUCCCAUCAGGUAUUUGGGACUACCAUUGUCACCUAAGAAGUGGAACAAAUUGGAGUGUCAUCAACUGUGUCUCAAGAUAACUGAAAGAAUUAGAGGUGCAGCAAACAAACAUUUAUCCUAUGCUGGAAGAUUGCAGGAGGUGGAUAAACUAUGUAGGGGGCUCUUAUGGGGAAACACUGAAGAAACAAAUAAAAAACACCUGGUGGCUUGGGAAAAAAUAUGUAGGCCAAAGGGGCAAGGUGGACCGAACAUUAAAGGCUGGAAAUACUCAGUGGGAAAUGGCUAUCAGGAUUUGUUAGGGGCUAGAGCAAAUGAGGAGACUGCUAAAAUUAUCUGGACUAGCAUUGCUAUGCCAAAACACAGAUUCAUACUUUGGCUUGCUGCACAGGAGAGACUACUUACUAAAGUUAGAGUACAUGGCAUGGGACUGAAGUGUGACACUAUAGAAUGUGAGUUAUGUGUAGAGAAUGAGGUGGAAGAUGCAGCACAUCUAUUUCAUAAUUGUACUUGGACCAAAACAGUUUGGUCUAAAGUGCAGCACUAG